AACAAGAAUCGGAGCUUUAGUGUCUUACAUGUUGGUCGAGAUGGAGGAUGAGGAGAUUACGUUGGCUCUGAUCAGGUACUACUGCUUUGAAAAGUAUUACAAUCACGCUGUCAAAGCUGCAGCAGCUGCUCAGAGGAAGUUCAGCAAUGAUCCUAUCUACACCUUUUUCCAUGCGUAUGGAACUUUAAUGCAAGGUGAAAUACAAGGUGCGCUUGUUGAGUUGGAGACAAUAAGAGAUGAGAGGGAUGUGUCCCUCUGUACAUUGAUGGCCCUUGCCUAUGCUGAGAAAAAAAAGACUAAUCCAGACCGAGAUGUUAUUCAAGAACUCGACUCUAAGGUUAAAGAGGUUCGAAAAGCCGCAUCUCCCAAAAGUCUGUACUAUGCCGGGAUGUUUCUGUGGCUGUUAGGUCGAAAUGAUAAAGCAAGGGAAUAUGUAGAAAGAAUGGUCAAACUCUCCAAUAGCACACCAGAGGGGUUAAUCCUGAAAGCCUGGAUAGAUCUGACAUCUGGUAAAGACUCAUAUGCCAAAAAGGCUGGAAAAUACUUCGAAAGUCUAAAAGACAGAGCUGAUGUUUUUGCCCUGAUGGGAAAGGCCCAAUAUUUCGAAUAUCAUCAGAAGUACUCUCAUGCAUUGGAGAUGGUCAACCAAGUCAUUGUUGGUUUCCCUGGGUACUUGCCUGCCCUUAUCAGGAAAAUGAAACUGUUGCUUAGCCUUCAAGACUGGGAACAAACUAUAGAUGCAGCACACAGGCUUUUACAGAGGGAUAAAAAUAACCUGGAUGCCCUGCAGAUGCUAGCUCUACAUUCUUUAUGCAGGGAUGGAAAUAUCACUGAGGCAAUAAAACAGCUUUCAAACCUCAUCAGCAGCUUGAACACUGUGGAACCACGUAACCCAGAUCUUUUCUAUGGGAUGUCGCUAGCCUUUGCUCGUGUUUGUGGGCGAAAUGAGAAGGUACUUGAGCAGACCUGCAGAAUGCUGGAGCAGGCCUUCUCCAUGGCAUCAGGAGACUCAAAUAUCGCUAUAGAGUUGGGCCACCAGAUGGUACUUCAGCACAGAAUUAAGGAAGCCAUGAAGUGGUAUGACACUGCUAUGACAUUGGAUGAGAUGAGUGUACCUGCUGUAAUGGGUACAAUUCAUUGCCAGUUGAUAGAGGGCCGCCUUGAAGAUGCAGAGCAUCAGUUGGAAUUUCUCACAGAGUUUCAGCAGUCUAUUGGAAAAUCAGGGGAGCUGCAGUACUUGCGUGCUGUACUGGCUGUAAAAACACACCGACCUCGGGAAGAGGUGAUCAACCUGCUGAAAGAUGCCGUAGACACACACCUCUCCAUGCUGCAGGGUCUGCCUCUGGGAGUGGAGUACUUUGAAAAACUCAACCCUGACUUUCUCUUGGAAAUUGUCAAAGAGUACCUAACGCUGUGUCCGGCUAAGCCUCCAGUCCAAUGUCAGCCUCCUGCUCCUCAGCUCCAGCACUGUGCCUCUGUGCUGGAUACUGUGGUCAAGACUGUGCCUGGUCUUCUUCAGGGUGUCUUCCUGCUUGCUAAAGUCAGAUUUCAGUCUGGUGACAUUGAAGCAGCUCAGAGCAGUUUAUAUCGCUGCCUGGAGCAGAAUCCCUCUCAUGCAGAUGCUCAUCUGUUGAUGGCACAGAUCCAUUUGCUGCAGGGUAACUUCACUCUGUGUUUCCAGUCUCUUGAAUUGUGCCUCAGCCAUAAUUUUGAGAUUCGUGAACAUCCUUUGUACCACCUGAUUAUGGCUCAGGCACAGAAAAAGAUGGGUGAUCUGACGGAGGCUAUUAAGACAUUACAGAUAGCCAUGAGUCUCCCAGGAGUCCACAGGGCUGGAUCCUCAUCUGCCUCCAAGAACAAAAACAAAAAGAUUGAGCUGAGCUGCGCUGACUGUGUGUCUGUCUUCUUGGAGUUGGCUGAGGCCCUCUGGCUUAAUGGAGAGCAGCAUGAAGCAGCCAAGGUGAUACAGGAUGCGAUCAAUGAGUUCUCAGGCACUCCAGAGGAGCUCCGUGUAACUGUUGCCAAUGCUGAUUUGGCUCUGCUGCGUGGUGACACAGAGCUGGCAUUGAGUAUGCUUAGAAAUACAACCCCUGAGCAACCCUACUACAUCCAAGCAAAGGAGAAAAUGGCAGACAUAUAUCUGAACUACAGAAAAGAGAAACGUCUCUACAUAAGCUGCUACAGAGAAUUGGCAGAAAAGCAGCCGGGCCCUCACACAUAUCUCUUACUCGGUGAUGCCUACAUGAAAAUUCAAGAACCAGAGAAAGCCAUCGAUGUUUAUGAGCACGCACUGAAGAAAAACCCCCAAGAUGGUGCUUUAGCCAGUAAGAUUGGGAAAGCCCUCGUCAAGACUCACAACUACGAAAAGGCAAUAAAUUACUAUGACGCUGCACUGAAGACUGGGCAGCAGAACUUCCUGCGCUAUGACCUGGCUGAGCUGCUAAUGAAGAUGAAGCAGUACGAGCGGUGUAUGAGUGUGCUGCAGGAUGCUCUCGCCCAUGAACCAGUGAAUGUGCUGCCAGCACUCACAGAUGACUGCCGUUACUUGGUCCUGUUGGCAAAGGUCCAAAAUAAGUUUGACAAAAAUGAAGAUGCUUUACUUUCUCUGCAAAGAGCCUGGGAUGUGCAGGCCAAGGUGCUGAAGCGGAUGCAGUUGGAGCAGCCCGACGCUGUCUCCAUGCAGAAGCAACUUGCUGCUGAGAUUUGCGCUGAGAUUGCUAAACACUACACGAGUCAGAGGGGCUAUGAGAGGGCAGUCAGAUUCUACAAAGAAGCUCUUGUGCAUUGUGAGAAUGAUCGCAAGGUGAUGCUGGAGUUGGCUCAGUUGUAUCUUACGCUCGAUGACAUGGACGCCUGUCAGGAUCAGUGCAGUGACAUCCUGAAAGCUGACCAGUUUAAUGAAGAUGCAACAUUGAUGAUGGCUGAGCUGAUGUUCAAGAAGCAAGACUAUGAGCAAGCUGUUUUCCACUUCCAACAACUACUGGAGCGCAAACCAGACAACUACCUAACAUUAUCACGUCUUAUUGACCUGUUGAGGAGGGCUGGCAAGCUGGAAGACAUUCCCAGAUUUCUUGAUAUGGCAGAAAAACAUUCACCCAGAACUAAGUUUGACCCUGGUUUUAAUUACUGCAAAGGACUUUAUCUUUGGCACACUGGACAACCCAAUGAUGCACUACGACACUUUAACAAGGCACGGAAAGACAACGAUUGGGGACAGAACGCCGUUUAUAACAUGAUUGAAAUCUACCUGAACCCUGACAACAACACAAUGGGCGGAGAAGUGUUUGAGACUUUAGAUGGUGAUAUUGGUAACUCCACGGAGAAGCAGGAGUCAGAGCAGCUUGCUGUGAGAACAGCUGAGAAGCUGCUGAAGGAGUUAAAGCCUCAGACACCUGUUGGACAUUUACAGGUCCGCAUCUUGGAAAAUUAUUGCUUAAUGGCUACGAAACAGAAGGCCAAUGUGGACAAAGCUCUCACUGUUUUUACAGAGAUAGCAAACAAUGAGAAAGACAACGUGCCGGCGCUCUUGGCCAUGGCGACAGCUUACAUGAUCCAAAAACAAUCUGCUAAAGCCAGGACCCAGCUCAAACGCAUUUCUAAAAUGAACUGGAACAUUGCUGAUGCUGAAGAGUUUGAGAAGAGCUGGUUGCUCCUGGCUGACAUCUUCAUCCAUCUGGCAAAGUACGACAUGGCGGGGGACCUCCUGAAGAAAUGUCUCCGUCAUAACAAGUCAUGCUGCAAGGCUUAUGAAUAUAUGGGCUACAUAAUGGAGAAAGAGCAGGCUUUCCAUGACGCAGCACUCAACUAUGAACUAGCAUGGAAAUUUGGAAAUCGAACAAACCCAACGACCGGAUACAGGCUGGCGUUUAAUUACUUAAAAGCAAAGAGACACACUGAUGCCAUAGAUGUUUGUCAUAAGGUUUUGGAAAUUUGUCCAACUUAUCCAAAAAUAAAAAAGGACAUCCUGGACAAAGCUCGUGCUGCUCUAAGACCUUAGAACAACAGAUGUGUGUGUGUGUGCCUGAGGCCAUGUUUAAACUGCACAAUUUCUUUAUGUUGUCUUUAUAAGGACAUAAUUUUAUAAGAAAAUCUCAUUGUAUUUAGUCAUUUCUGCAGUCAAGUCAUUGAGUGCCUGUUACCAGCUGUCAUGUUGUCGGGUUUUGUUUUUUGUAACUCUGUAGUUUGUCAUUCAAUAUUUUUUUAUGAAAUAAUUGGACAUUUCAAAUUUUAUAUUUGUUUACUCACUAAUGACAGGAAAAUAAGUCAAAUAAAAUGUAAUUUUCAUUAAAAUGAUACCUAAACAUUUGCACAGCGCCGUAUUUUUCAAACUAACAGUACUGCAAAAUACAAUAUUUAAGCACCCUGCCAGUCUGUCAAGAGCAUUUUCAAGCCAUUUUGCUGAGCCUUAAGUGUUCAAUAAUGCUCAAACUAUUGCACUUCAAUAGAACAAAGUGACAUCAUUACUGCAUCCACAGAAAUGUUGUACUUAUUAGACAAUAUACUGUAUUAUAUUGUAGCUUAAUACUGCAUUCAGAAGGGGAAAUGCUGUCACUGCAGAAUUAAUGUAAUACUGAUAUGCUUUAACUCUAACAUUCUCUGCUUAAUGUCACAAGUUCAUUUCAAAUUAAAUCCAACAAGCCAAUUCAUGUUAAUUGCAUCAUUUUGUUUCAUUGACUGAGAUACUUUUUUUUGGAGAUAUGUCAAAGUGCUACUAUUAUUAAUAUUCCUGUGUUAAUGAAACACUCGAGAUUAAAUCCUCACUUGUGUGAAAAACAACCACACCAAGGCUGCUAUUAUUCUGCUACUCCGAUGCCAAAGUGCAAAACUGAUUUCCAACAUGUCUAUGUUAUGCCACCCAUGUUUGAGUCCAAACCUACAAAUUACAACUUUCAUGCUUUUCAAAACCAAGGAAAAGCAUAUUAGUGACAGAGAGAAGUGUAUAUCACGUAUACAACACAUUUUUCAAUACAAAACAAUGUUUUUUUUUUUUAACUAAAUGUCAGAGAUUCCUAACAGCAUGCUUAUCAAAACAUUUACAAUAUAUAAUAUGCACAUAAUUCUUAAA